GAUAAAGGACCGAGAUUGAGGAUUUUUCUAUUAGAUUCGCCACCAGAUUCCCAGAUGGGAGAUUAUCCAACGAUGUGAGGAUCUCUGCAAGUGUAGUGGCGGCAUGAGAAACGAGGCUCUUCUUCACACUGACAGCCUUGGCCUUGACAAGGACCCUCACUACCUCACUCACUGCUCGAAGAGAUGGAACAUGCAUUGCAUCUGCGGAUUCGAGUUUCCAUGGUCUUGGCGAGUCGGUAACACGGCGCAUUUUUAUGGAUCAGUUUUGUCAGGGACUCUUCCCUCACAGGCCUUGAGGGCCAAAGAGAUUCCGGCCAAGGCGACACUAUUUCAAGUUUUCUGUUACUGUUGUGUUAGUGGUGGUUCUCUUCUCUCAACUCAUUUUGGUGCAUGCAAGCCAGCAGCCAGCCCACACGGCCAUGGCCGACUGGCACCCCACGUACAUGGAGAAACUCGCGCUUGCAAGCGAAGCCAGGCGAAGCGAAAACGGAUACUAGAGCUAAUAACUACCUAACCAAGAACUCAAUUGUAAGUUGUGGCUUUCGG